AACCCUAGUCUAACAGCGACGUCAUUCCAGUGGAGUCAACAGCGACCCGCAAAGAGAUCUUCAACAUUUUGUCCCGUUCUGCUCAGUUACCGGGCGGCCGCACAUAGGAUACCAACUUUAAAAAAAAUCCAUAUCUUAACUUUUCUUGUCCAUGUUCCGUAGUAGUUAAUUUAAUCUGUUGGCUACGAUGAAGUGGGGAGCAGCUGAUUUGGGGGUGACAUGGACAUUGUUCUCUCUGUUCUUCAACUUUUCUGUCACCAACGGACAAAAUCCGCCGAACUACAACCUUUUCCAAGGAGCUGCGUACCAGGGCGCGAGACACCGACAGUCACAGAGGAAUAGGAACUGGUGUGCAUAUGUGGUCCAUAAGAACGUGAGCUGUACCGUCCAGGGGAAUGUGGAGAGCUUUGUGGAGCCUGAGGUGGCACCGUGCCCAAACCAUGACCCAGACUGUGAGCAACAAGUGAUGUAUCGGACGCGGUCCCGGCCGGCCUAUAAGAUCGCCUAUAAGACGGUGACAGACCUGGAGUGGAGGUGUUGCCCUAGUUACCAGGGACCAGACUGCUCUGAGCUGAAGGCUGCUCCUAACAGACAGACAGUACCAGCAGGGUCACAGCCCCACCAGACCCAGUACCCUAACAGACAGACAGUGCCAGCGGGGUCACAGCCACCCCAAACCCAGUACCCUAACAGACAGAUCGUACCAGCAGGGUCACAGCCCCACCAGACCCAGUACCCUAACAGACAGACAGUGCCAGCGGGGUCACAGCCUCACCAGAACCAGUACCCUAACAGACAGACGGUGCCAGCAGGGUCACAGCCACACCAGACCCAAAACUCUGGGGAAGCACCACACUACCCCCAGACCAGAUCCAUCCCUGGACAGACCAGACACCCACAGAGGCCAGAGAGGAGGGAGACGGGGGUGUACGAGGGGAGGCAUGGAGGAGCAGACAGAGACAGGGUGCGUCUCCUGGAGGGGGAGGUGCAGCGCCUCUCCCAAACAGUGGGGGCGCUGCAGGAUGCGAUGACUGGGCUGAGCUCCACUCUGAGAUCUGACCUGCAGGAGGACACCUCCAAGAUGCUGGUCUCCCUGCUCAACAACCUCCGCACUGUGACCCCCGACAGUGUCCACGCCCCCGAUAUAGAGCAGGCCGCAGUACCAUCAGACAACCACCAGGGGUCAGUGAUCGACGGGCACCAGGCCACCAGGGGGCCAGUCCAGGGGGACAGGGGGCUGGAAAAGGUCCUGGCCAGGUUGGAUGAUGUCAACACCUCUCUGAAGAGUAAAGAAGAGGCUCUGGAGGAGCUGAGAGGUACCGUGACCUCACACAGCGGUCAUAUCCGCCUGCUGCUUGAUGCCUCUCAGACACAGCAAGACCCUGUUGGGGGUGGAGCUCCUGCUGACCUGGAGGAGCUACUAGAGAAAUACAUGGACAGGCAGCUGGGCUUCCUGAGGAAGAACAUGGAGGACAGCAUGGAGAGAACGAUAGAGGAGAGGAUAGGGAAGGAGGUGGAGAAGCUGCAGAAAUCCUGUGAUGGAAGGAUCCAGUUGAUGGAGAGGAGGUGUGAGGAGGAGCGGGAGAGAGGACUGCUCAGUCUGACUGAGAUGGUGGACAAGGAGGAGCAGCUAAAGGAAGAGAUCAGGGAGUUGAGACUGGACAUCACUGCUUCCGACCAGCCCGGCCGGACACUCAGACAGACUGACCCCAAACCUAAUGUUAGACAGACUGAUCCCAAACCCAGCCUUAGACAAACUGCCCCUGCCAGACAGACCGACCUGGCUAGACAGGAUAACCAGCCUCCAGGUAUCCUACCAGCUGUCCAGCGUGGUGACCUCUCUGACCUGUGGAGGGAGCUGGAGCGUGUGGCGGAAGCCCAUCGCGUCCUGAAUGCCCGCAUGGACAAUGAGCUGCAGUACCUGUCCUCUCCACGGGGGGAGCUAGAGGGAAAGGGGUUAGAGAUGGAGGGGUUAGGACUAGAGGGAGAGGUGGGGUCUCGGCUGGAGGAGUUAGAGGCGCGUCUGAAUGUGACAGAGCAGAACGCGGAGGUCCACUGUUUCUACGUGGAGGAGAAGCUGACCCGGGCAGUAGCCGAGCAGGGGACGGAGCUACGACAGCUGCUGGAGGAACGAGUAAACGUACUGGAAGACCAGUUUACCACCAUGCUGGUCGAGAUGAACAACGAGUCAUAUCCUGUUGGAGGAGGAGGGAGCGUGGACCUUCAGGCUGAGUUGAACAACAACAAGUUUCUUCUGCAGGGUCUGGAUGACAAGGUGACCGCUGUGGCUGAGCUCUGUGCUACCGGCUGUGGUGGAGGACCUAACACUGGAGGGUUUCCCAACACCAACCCUGGAGCUUCCUCCCACCCUGUAGUUCUGGACAGUGUGGUGAAGGACCUGAAGCUCUGUUGUAACGACCUGGAUAUUCUCCACACGGAUGUGACGGCCAACUCUGACAAACUGAGAGAGCUGGAGGAGAUUAUAGACAGGCAAAUGGCAGGGCAGAAGCGAAGCUUUAAGACGGUGGAGGACCUCCAGAGGGGGAUGGUAAUCCUGCAGGACAAUGUGGGGGGUCUGGGGGGGGCAGUGACAGGGCUGGGGGACUCUCUGAGCAGGUACACCCAGGACCUCACCAGGAUUAACACCACCUGCAACACCUGCUGCCAGGUUGGGGCAGGGGUCAAAGCAGGGGCCCGGCCAGGGGAAGGGUUAGGUGGGUUUGGUGCCACUACCAUCGGUCCAGGCAGGAUCCAGAGUGCAUCUGAGGGUGUAAUGGUCCCCAGAGGAGAGGUGGAGGGAAGCAGCCAGGUGGAGGAGCUGAGAACCAAACUGGACAGCCUCACUAACCAGGUGCAGACAGAGCUUCAGCGUUGCUCUGGUGUGUCUGGGGUGGAGGGGCGUGUCCAGCGCCUGGAGAAAGUGUGUGUUCAGCUGGACGGGGUGUCGGCCAGGGUGCGGGGGGUGAAGGAGGGGUUGGAGAAGCACGUCGCUGGGCUGUGGCACCACGUCAGCCGGGUCAACACCAUGCUGGAAAGACAGGCUGCUGACAUCACCACCCUAGAGACCUCCCUAAAGACACUACAGACCAGGAGCACUGACACCAACGCCAGGGAGACAG